AUUGAUUUUAUUUAAAAAGUAGCAAAUGACAGUUGUUGUUCGUUGGUGUUGUAUCGUCACUGCCUCACUCUACACUCAUCACUCGCAACUUCUCAAGACAACUGUUUUUUCGAGACAAUGUUUUUUAAACCAACCAUUAACCACAGAAGGAACGAGACCAUCUGAACCCACAUCAGCUCUGAGUGAAUCAUCGCUGAAAACGAUCUCAGUCAGAGUCAGACUUGAGGAGACACUGUAGGGACAGAGCAGCAAACUCCUGCACCCACAUGGAGCUUAGUGCAGUGUUUCAGUCCACUGUUGAGAUGAUGGAGCCACAAGAUAUUCUAGACACAGCAUGGAGUUUAGUCAGUGAGAUGGCUGAAGCUACAGCCAACACUGCUGCUGCUGCUGCUGUUGUCCCUGCUGCAGAGUUUGAGUUUAACAUCCACCUUCAGUCAAUCCCUCUGGAAACUGUUCCACUCAUCUUUGAGCAGCCUUUCAUGACUAACAUGCACAUCCAGGGGGUACAGACUCAGCCAGUGCUGACGCUUCCUCAAGGUCUGGAGCAGAACCUGGCUCCUGUUGGAAUAGUGAAUGGAGAGUUGGUGUUUGCAUUGCCAGCAGGAACAUCAUUUGCUCCACAGUGCAACUCUUUGUCACGAAAGAGAACGUCUGAGAGCCAAGAUGAAAAUCAGCCCUACGUGACGAAGCCUCCGAAUGCCUUCAUGCUGUACCUGAAGGAACAGAGGCUACAUGUUAAGGCUGAACUCCAGUGCAAGAACAAUGCACAGGUGAACACAGUCCUUGGCCAGAGGUGGAGGUCAUUGUCAAGCCAAGAACAGGCCAUUUACUACGAGGAAGCUGAACAGCUGAGGAAACUCCACACUCAGCAACACCCAGAGUGGUCGUCUGUUCAGAACUACGGCAAAAAGAGGAAACGGAUCAGGAGGAAGUAUUACACAAGUGCUGAGGGACUGAGCAACUAGAGCUGACCUGCUCCACCACUGCACAGCCUCCCCUGACUCCCCCAUCCUCAGUCAAUAUGUAAAUAAUGUAAAUACAUCAUGAGUAAAUAAAUAGAUACUGUAGAUACUGCCACACUACACCUUACACAACCCAAUGUAAAACCACAACUUGACAUAUUUACUAUAAUUUAUUGCUUGGAGUCAUAUGUGGUAACUUUUCAACUGAUAAUGUAACAACUGUUUUGUUUUUUUUGUUUUUUCAAUAAUUAGGAGAGUAAGCUAUUGUAUUAUUUGUUAUUAAUUUUGAUGUGUUUCCUGUCUGUUAAGUAACAACAAACCAUGUAACCUGACAAACCCAUCAACGUGACUGUAAUAUGCUAAUGAAAUGUGACCAUCAGUUAAAGACUGUUGGAUUUUAAAGCU